CAUUUUCUGUUAAUUAUGGAUGUGUACCCUGAGCUGUGUAAUUGGUUUUGCUUUCAGGAUUUUUUCACAAAUCAAGGACCAGAAGAACAUGGGUUUCAAGGGGUUGAUCAGUGCAAAGGUGAUGCAUCAGGGGUGCAUAAUGCAUCAAUAAAUAACUUGGAAGUGACAACUCUCCUGAACUAUCAUCAGUUUUAUUCGCAUCAAGAGUUUGACCCUAAUCCUUUCCUUGGAUUUAAUGGUACUGAUCAGUGUGGAGAGGAUGAUAUUUCCCAAUCUGGCAUUCUUCCGAGUAUCUGCCCUCCACCUUCUGCCUUCUUAGGACCAAAAUGUGCACUCUGGGAUUGCCCCAGACCUGCUCAGGGGUCAGAUUGGUGUCAAGACUACUGCAGCAGCUUUCAUGAAACCCUUGCAUUGAAUGAGGGUCCUCCAGGUAUGACUCCAGUUCUGCGACCAAAUGGUAUUGAUCUAAAGGAUGGUCCCCUUUUCGCCGCUCUUACCGCGAAAACACAAGGAAAGAAUGUGGGUAUUCCAGAGUGUGAGGGUGCUGCAACUACGAAGUCUCCAUGGAAUGCUACUGAGCUAUUUGACCUUUUCGUGCUCAAGGAUGAAACAAUUAGGGAGUGGCUCUUUUUUGAUAAACCUCGAAGAGCAUUUGAGAGUGGUAACAGAAAGCAGAGGUCAUUGCCUGAUUACAGUGGACGUGGUUGGCAUGAGUCAAGGAAGCAGGUGAUGAAGGAACAUGGGGGUCUUAAGAGGUCUUACUACAUGGACCCACAACCACUGAACUAUUUUGAGUGGCACCUGUAUGAAUACGAGAUCAACAACUGUGAUGCCUGUGCAUUGUAUAGGUUAGAACUCAAGCUUGUUGAUGGAAAAAAAAUCCCCAAAGGAAAAGUAACAACUGAUUCACUUGCCGAUCUGCAGAAGCAGAUGGGAAGGCUGACUGCUGAGUUCCCUGUGGAUAAUAAACGUUCUGUUAAAGGUAGGGGGAAAGAUAAUUUGAAGAGUGGUGUUGGGAAUGUCUAUUCUGCUCCAGACCAGAUUGCUCCUACAAAUGAUACUUUUGGUUAUGGCGUGAAUGCUCCAUAUGGUUAUCUUGUUGAGAAUUUGAGCGACUACUAUGGUACAUAAUGGAGGAAAGUUUGUUGCAUGUGGAAGCAAAAAGCUUUGUGAAAGUAAGAUUUUAAUAUCGUCCUUUUCACUGUAGAUGGUGGAAUUGUCAGUCUUCAGUUUCUGGUCUUGAAUAAUAUUCAGCCUGCCACAAUUUUUUGUCACAUGGCUAUACUGUGUAUAGUUUGUUAUACUCUGGGAGCGGUAUGUUAGUUACUUGGAUGCUGUAGCAUCCUCUGAUCGCUGAGAGAUGGUUAACUUACAGCAGAACUGGUUGUAUUUAGGUUGUGCAUUUUGCUAACUAUGGUCUGAGGAUGAAUGCUGCUUUGAUGGAAGAAUAGUCUCUGGACCUGUGUGGGAUGAAGAUGCAAAUACAGCUUUAGUUCUAUCAUUGAAUUGCAUGGGUUUAGCAACUAUCAUGUCCAUAUGUAGUUUUUGGCACUGCUUCAGAAGGUCUUAGCUGAAGAUUUUAGUGGUCUUGGUUAUAAUUUAUAAACUUAUAACUUCAACUGACAGCUUAUUCAGCUCGUAGUACAUUUGUUAAAUUGCUUUCUUUGGCUCAUUAUUGUUCAAAACUAUGGUCUCUGUCCUUUGCUGUAUUAUUGCUCCACAAUGGUCUAUGUAAGGUGGGAACUGGGAAAGGUUCUGCUUUACUUAUGGAAUCUGGUCCGUAUGCUCUGAAUUUUGUUCUCAAUUCCUUCUUGUAUUCAUUGUUUUAAAAGAUACUGUGGAUUCUAAUGUAUAUCAUAUGUUCGCAGCUUAUUC